AUGUCAUUUUUCGAACCAAGCCUGCUAACAAGCUUGAGCUCGAACUUCGACGAGCAUCAGUGGGUCAAACACAUCCAACACACUCUAGAUGAAGAGCUCGAAGCUGACUCGGCCCGCAUCCCAAUCACUAUAUUCAGUGUUCCGAGACCCCUGAUGCAGUGCAGCCCGGACUCGUACAUCCCACAACAGGUUGCCAUCGGCCCGUACCACCACUUCCGGCCUGAAGUCUACGACAUGGAGCGGUACAAAGUGGCCGCCGCCAAACGAAACAAAAUUGAGCUCCCGAGCAUCCGUCUCCAGGAUGUCGUCGACCACCUCCUUCGGCUAGAUCUCCGCGUCCGGGCCAACUACCACCGCCCCGUGAACCUCGGCCCGGAAACUCUCGCCUGGAUGAUGGCUGUGGACGCGUGCUUCCUGCUCGAGUUUUUUCAGGUCUGCGGGGUCAAGAAAGGCAAGGUCCUCGCCAAAACCCCAUCCAGACUGUCCCACUUGAUUCAUCUGUCGGGCAACAAGACGGCCCACAACGCCAUUCUCCGCGACAUAGUCAUGCUCGAGAACCAAAUCCCGUUGUUCGUAUUGAGACUUCUCUUGGAGCUCCAGUUUUCUUCUCUCGACACGGCUGAUCAAUUGCUCGCCGCCAUGCUAAUCUCGCUCGCCAACGAGAUCUCGCCGUUCAGAACGGCAGGCGGGUCGCGCCGCGACAUCGAAAUCAAGGACUGCCCGCAUCUGCUCGAUUUUCUAUACCGCCGCGUCGUGCCCAAAUUGGAGGAGAACCCAAAAUCCGAGUCGACUGUCGAAAUUGACGGAUCAGGGGAGGAGGAAGAGAACAAUGGUCGUUCGUUCUCCCCGACAGGUGGCAGCUUCUCGAAGCCGAGCAACCUGCGUGAGAUGUUCGGGGACGCGUGGGAGCAGAACUCAGGCUCCGCCGUGGGGCCCGCGGCGUGGAUCAAGAGAACAUGGAGCUCCCGGCCGGUCCAGCUCGUCGUGAAGCUUCCGUGGACGAUCAUCUCCAAAAUCCCGAUCGUCAACAUGGUGAAGGAUCCAGUUGAGAACAUGUUCGUCAGCCUAUGGCGGGCUGAGGACGAAGAAAGCAGUAAUAAGCCGAAAAAGGACGAUGAUAUCCACAAGGCCCCGUCGCUUGACGAGAUCACGAUCCCGUCGGUCUCGCAGCUGUCGAGUAUCGGGGUGCGGUUCGUGGCGGCGGCCGACGGGGGCAUAUCGGGAUUGAGGUUCGACGAGGCGACGAUGACGUUCACGAUCCCGGCGGUGGAGCUGGACGUGAACUCAGGGGUGGUGCUGAGGAACCUGGUGGCGUACGAGGCGUGCUGUGUGUGGGGCCCGCUGGUGCUGACAAGGUUUGUGGAGCUGAUGAACGGGAUUGUGGACACGGAGGAGGACGCGGGGAUACUGUGCCGGAGUGGGGUGAUUGUGAACCGUCUGAAGAGUGAGAGGGAGGUGGCGGACCUGUGGAAUGGGAUGAGCCGGUCAAUUAGGCUGACGAGAGUGGCGUCCCUGGAUAAGGUGAUUGGGGACGUGAAUAGGUACUAUAACGGGAGAUGGAGGGUGAGGGCGGGGAAGUUCAUGAGAAGGUAUGUGUUCGGUUCGUGGAGGGUGCUUACGUUCCUUGCGGCGCUCGUGCUUUUGCUGCUGGCGGCUCUGCAGUCGUUCUGCCAGGUGUACAGCUGCAGCAGGUUCUUCCCGAUCGAAGUUGUGGGGCCGGGUGGGACGUGA